UCCUUUCUUCUCCUUCGUCAUCGUCGUUGAUCCUCCGACAUUUUUACAAUUUUUUCUCAACAUCUUCAAUAAUUAAAGAAUAUUGAUGACACCUAUUAAAGUAUUUUUCUUCUUCCUGUGGGGCAUUUUAGGGAUACCAGGACAAGAGAAGGCAAGAACAGGGAGAUUAUACCAAUGGAACAUCCCCAAGCCAACUGCCAAAAACUGAAUCUUAUUUAUGUUAUAUUCCCACCGCAGCUUCGGACGAAAAUAGAGUCCCAAUUCCCUCUCUCCUAUGAGUUCCUCCUGUAUGCUUCAAGACCAUGGCUUGCGCCCGGGGCUUGCUGCUGCAGAACAAUCAAUUCCCUACUGGAACAACAAGGCCGACAAUGCAUGGCAGCUCACGGCAGCCACCAUGGUCGGCCUCCAAACUGUUCCGGGGCUGGUCAUCCUCUAUGGCAGCAUGGUGAAGAAAAAAUGGGCUGUCAACUCCGCUUUCAUGGCACUCUAUGGCUUCGCUUCUGUGCUCGUCUGUUGGGUGUUGUGGGCACAUCGUAUGGCAUUCGGUGACCGAUUGUUCUGGCUCAUUGGUGUGCCUGGCGCAGCGCUGUCUGAAGGGUACCUUCUUUCACAUUCUCCACAAGGCUGUUUUCCAAUGGCUGACUACGUGUUUUUCCAGUUCGCUUUCGCCGCCAUUACUGUCGUGUUGCUCGCCGGGUCCUUGCUGGGAAGGAUGAAUUUUGGUGCAUGGAUGCUUUUUGUUCCAAUGUGGCUAACUGUUUGUUACACUGUUGGGGCAUUCUGUAUAUGGGGGAAUGGGUUUAUUCAGAAGUACCUCAUUGACUACGCCGGCGGCUAUGUCAUUCAUCUUUCUUCUGGGGUGGCUGGUUUCACUGCCGCUUACUGGGUCGGGCCACGACACUCCCGCGACAGGCAGAGCUUCCCACCAAACAACAUACUGCACAUGGUAUUCGGUGCAGGGUUUCUUUGGCUGGGCUGGACUGGAUUCAAUGGAGGAGCUCCAUUUGCAGCGGGUCGGAUUACGUCGCUAGCCAUUUUGAACACGCAUAUUUGCACAGCAACAAGUCUGUUGAUCUGGGUUUCAAUGGACAUCAUAGUAUACAAGAAAAGCUCUGUGAUUGGUGCAGUUCAAGGGAUCAUCACUGGCCUUGUCUGUAUCACUCCUGGUGCAGGGCUUGUGGACUCGGUCGCAGCUGUGGUGAUGGGCGUGCUUGCUGGUUUGGUUCCAUGGUACACCAUGAUGGUGCUGCACAGGAAGCUGGCAUUCCUUCAGUGUGUCGACGAUACUCUGGGUGUCUUCCACACACAUGCUGUGGCUGGCUCCAUGGGAGGACUCCUCACAGGUUUCUUUGCUAAACCCAGUCUUUUGAGAAUGAUGUAUCCAGAUUCACUAUACGGUCCAGGCUUACUGUAUGCCAUCUCUAGUAGAAAGCUCAAAGAUGGCCUCAAACAAAUUGGCAUCCAGUUCGCUGGAGCAGUGUUUAUUACCCUCUGGAAUGCCAUCUUUACCAGCAUUAUCUGUUACCUGAUUAGCCAUAUUGUUAACUUAAGAAUGAAAGAAGAGGACCUGGAAAUUGGCGACGAUGCUGCUCAUGGAGAAGAACCCUAUGCGUUGUGGGGCGACGGAGAGAAGAUGCCAUCUUCCUUUCGUCUUCCACACACCCCUAGGUUCCCAUCAUUAUGCAGGUGGGAUUAGGAGAACCAGAUUUUGCAGUAAUUCUCGCUGCUGUUGUAGUCACUCCAUCUCAGGGGUCUUCGGGCGGCAUUCCUGUAAAUAUAGCUUAUCAACAGGAAAAGAAUAGCUGUAUAC